CCAAGUUUUCCCGCUUCUUCUCAGUUUGGGACCGAAUCAACUGAACAAUAGAAUCUCGGAUCUCCAUUUUUGUGCCAUUCAAGUGCAUGUGACGAUUGAUCUGGACUCAAGCUGUAGGCCUACCAGUCAGAUGAAUAACUCAGUGGAGGAGGAGGACUUUGCGGAUAUCAGGGCAUACUUUUCCACAACAAAAUGGAACCGCCUCUGUAUGGCAGAGAAAAAAAGAUUCCUGCAGAUCAAGGAAAACCAUUUGGUUCUGGCGUCUCUUGGCCUGUCCUUUGUGGCUCCAGCAUUCAUGAGGAGAGAGAAGCCCGGCCAGGUGAGAGUCUGCUCACCUGACGAGACAGACUCUGAGGAGGAGCAGCUCUGGACCUCUGGAUUGACCGGUGCUCGAGUGUGGAAGCCACCAACAGUCAGACAGGGGUCUCUACAACAGCCCAGUACGUCAGAUGCAGUGUCUGUACAGAGUCUCUCAGGGCGGGGCUGGAGUGACCAGGAGGUCUCUGGAGGGCCCACUCCUUCUCAUCCAGAGAUCGACCCCCCCGGAGGAGGAGUAGAGAGGGGCUCUGCUGUCCAGGAGGAGGUCUCCUUGGGUUAGCUCUGAUCCCACCACUGCUUCCCUGCAAUAACACCUUGUUGUGGCUCAAGUGUUUAUUCAAGAGAGAUGAACCUGAGAAAUGUUCUCAGAGUUAACUACCAAGAACCGGAAGUACCUAAGGAUGACGACUACUUCUUCUGUGAUGAGUGUAGGACUUUCUUCCUCGAAGAGUGCGAGGUCCACGGUCCUAUCGUCUUCAUGGCUGAUCACCCCGUUGCUGUCAGAGAGAAAGACAGAGCCAAGAAGACGCUGCCCGCUGGGUUUGAGAUCAGAGAUUCUGGGAUCCCUGGGGCCGGUCUAGGGGUGUUUUACUGUGGAGACGGUGGCCUUCCCAUUGGAACACACUUUGGACCCUACGAAGGACACAGGACCGAUGAAGAGGGAGCCCUGGAGAGUGGAUACUCCUGGGAGAUCUACAAGAGCACACACAGUGAUUACAUUGAUGCAAAGAGAGAGACACUUUCUAACUGGAUGAGGUACGUCAAUUGUGCUCGUAAUGAAGAGGAACAGAACCUAAUAGCGUUUCAGCACAAAGGAGGGAUUCUGUAUCGCACCUGUGGCUUCGUGACUCCAGGAGCAGAGCUCUUGGUCUGGUAUGGGGACGAAUACGCCAGACAUCUGGGAAUCGGAUUUGAUCGACUGUGGAACAUCAAGAGCUCUACUAAAGGAGGGAGAUCCCAGCUGACACCAGCACAGGCUUUCCCCUGUCCCGAGUGUCCGUACUCCUACACGUCUCAGAUCUUCCUCCACAAACACAUGAAGAGGAGCCAUGGCGACCUGUACGGCCGACUGCUGAGGAGUGGAGAAAUCAAGGUGGAGCCUAGGCUCCUCCCAUACGUCGCAGCCUCCUAUCAAGAACCGAUCGGAGCCUCCCCGGGAACAGUCCAAAGCACGAGCCAGAUUCCAGCAGAAGGAGCCGGACAACACAGAUGUGAGAAGUGCAGUAAAACCUUUAGUCGCUCUGAUAGUCUGAAGGUUCACCAGCGCAUCCACACGGGAGAGAACCCAUACCACUGUCAACAGUGUGGGAAAACAUUUAGUACAUCUGGUCGUCUGAAGGAACACCAACGCAUCCACACAGGAGAGAAACCAUACCACUGUCAACAGUGUGGGAAAACAUUUAGUACAUCUGGUCAUCUAAAGGUACACCAACGCAUCCACACUGGAGAGAAACCAUACCACUGUCAACAGUGUGGGAAAACAUUUAGUAGAUCUGGUCAUCUCAAGCGUCACCAACAACUUCACAGAGGAGUCUCCACCCAAACAACCAUGUGAAGAAACUAAAUGGUUCCCAGACAUCUGUUAUUCAAAUCUAAUCAAACAUGGUUCUUGCUGUUAUAUGUUAGAAGGGCACAUGAACGGUUAAUUGUUUAUCUUAUCAACUUUAUGUAUUUAUUUAUAUUCAUGUCUGUAUGAGUGAAGGUUUUUACCCCAAAAAUGUUCAGAAAAAAAAUAGUUUGAGAGAUAAUGUUGUUAUCUGAAUUAUUUAAUUUCAUUCGUCAUCAGUAAGGUAUCGUAGAUCUGACGUCAUUGUUAUAUUUAUUACAUUUGUAUGUAUUUAUUUAUUUAUCCUGUAGAAAUUCAAAUAAAAUCAGAU